AUGUCGUCAACAAAGCCAAAGGUGCUCAUGGUGCUCACUUCGAACGAACACGGGUGGUAUCUGCCCGAGCUUGUCUAUCCAUAUGAGAUUCUUGCUCCAUAUACUGAGAUCACAGUCGCUUCUCACCUGGGAGGAGAAAGCCCUCUGGACCAAUCUUCAGUCGCAGCCUUCAAGGACGAUGAAAUGUGUGCUCGAUUCGUAAGAGAGAAGGAGGGUAUCUGGAAGAACACUCCCAAGCUGGAGGAUCUUGUUCCAAGAGCUAAGGAAUUCGAUGUUCUUUUCUACGUGGGCGGAUAUGGACCGACGUUCGAUGUUAUUGAUUCGGAAGCCACAAUAGCUUUUGUUGACGAGUUUUAUCGCUCAAAGAAAAUCAUUUGUGGUAUUUGUCAUGGUGCUGCUGUUUUCGCUCACCGAACCAUCCCGGGCACAACCAAGAGCAUUUUAGAAGGACACCGAGUGACAGGAAUCAGUGACAGGGAGGUUGGUAUCUUGGCCUCCAGCAUUGAAGAGCCAUUCAGCGUGGAAGGCGAAUUGGUCAAAGCUGGAGCCAAAUUUGAAAAGGCGGUUGAACCCUUCGGAGGACAUGUUGUGGUCAGUUCAGAUUCCGAAGGUCGAGUGUUCGUGACGGGUCAAAAUCCUGCAAGUGGUAUCGGAAUUGGCAAGGCAAUCUAUCAGGAGUUGUUUAAGAAACCAUAUCAGGGUUGA